ACUUCCAGAAGCAAAGACCUACUCUACUGGGCUCUGGUUCUGGUACACCAACUGGCGCUCAAGAAUAACAUCCGCCCCACUAUUAUCGAACAUGACGGAUUGAGACUCCUUGUAAAGACAACACGUGCCUCGCAAGGUCACAACCACAUGCAAAAGUUAUGUCUGCACUCGCUAGUGCUGCUGUGCUCUACCGGUACUAAAGCGGCCAGCAUUGAUGCACUGCGCACCGUGGUGGAUGAGGGGAUUCUGGCACCCGCGGCUGUGUGUCUGAAAGCAGGUAGGCCCUCAGACGUACCAAUUUUCUAUUAG